GGGCGAGCGACGUGAUGUCUCCCGAACAGGUCGAUUACUCCAAAUUCGACGUCGUCGAUUUUGCUUUUGCUUUGCCUAAUGCCAACUAUGGGCUCGACUGGGACACCACCGGCGCUCCGGGUUUACUUGCAAGAGUAGUCAAGGCUGCACAUGCUGCAGGCAAGAAGGCGAAACUCAGUAUAGGCGGAUGGACAGGAAGCGGACACUUCUCUACAGCCGUCUCGACUGCAGCAAACAGACAGAUAUUCGUCAACAACAUUCUCCAAACUUACAAGCAAUAUGACCUCGACGGCAUCGACAUCGAUUGGGAAUAUCCCGGCCAACAAGGCGAAGGUUCCAAUGCAGUAAGUCCCGCGGACAGUCAAGACAUGCUUCAAUUCUUGCAGUUGCUUCGGCAGGCCCUACCUCCAUUGGCCCUCAUCACAGCUGCAGUUCAAACUGAGGUUUUGGCGGGCCCUGAUGGCAAGCCCCUGACCAACGUAUCCGACUUUGCCAAAGUGUUGAACUGGGUACUUAUAAUGAAUUACGAUACUUAUGAAACUGCUUCACCCCCUGGUCCAAACGCGCCUCUGUACGACAGCUGCAAAAGCUCGAGGCAACCAAAGGCAAAUGCUGUGGCCGCUUACAAUGCUUGGACGAAUGCUGGGUUUCCCGCCGACCAACUGGUCCUUGGUCUCCCCUCUUAUGGAUACGUGAUCUCGUCUUCUGCCACAGCGCUUCGCGAACGAUCAGAAUCUCAGCCCGUACGCUCUCUCCACCAACUUUCUCGCCGUUUUGCGGCUACGCCUGCAGAUGACAGUGGCCAGAUCCAGUUCCGCAGCCUCGUUUCUGAGAACAUCCUCACACGAAACGCAGAUGGCUCUUUCGCGGUGAACCCCAGUAGUGGCUUCACCCGCCAAUGGGACGCUUGUUCCGCGACACCUUUCCUCACUUCUGCUUCAGCAGCCCAGACUAUCCCUUACGACGAUCCCCAGUCGUUGGCGAUCAAAGCAAAGUGGGUGAAGGACAUGGGGAUGGGCGGAGUCAACCUGUUUGAUGUGCAUGGCGAUACGUCCCAGUGGGAUUUGGUAAAUACCGUGAGGACGGCUAUGGGCGUGGUGUGAUUUGAUAACAGGUUGGGUUGGGUUGGGUUUAUCAUGAUGCACAGCUCGUGCUCUUGUCGAUGGGCGUCGUUUGGAUGUUUUUGAAUCAUGAAUAGCUAUUUGCUUCCCAUACGGGUUCCCUUGUAUUGCUCCUGCCGUUUGGGCGCGUGGGUAGGAUAACAUGUUGUUAUACACCAAGUUGGAGAUCACACCGCAAUGCAAUCUGUUUCCU